UUCGUGUCUCUGGGCCUUUGGGUGUUGAGAUGUUGAGUGCCAUCAGAGCCGUCUGGACUUGCACGUCUGCACAUGUGCUGUGUGCCUUUAUGGAGUGUGGUCACCGGGUGCUGUGUGACACUGAUUUCAGAGCGAAUCCUGCUGUCUGUCUGUCUCAUACAUGAGGAGCUGAGCUUUGCCACAAGGGAACAGGACCUGUAAAGAAGAGCAGGCAGAGCAGUAACACCUAGAGGCCUAUAUGGUCCUUUGAGAGGUGUGUCAGGGUGGUGAGGGUUGCUGUUGAAAGGUUGUGGCCCAAUAACAUGACUCAGUCUGUACAGGUUAAUCAUAAGCUACCUGACCUGGGUGCACCAUUCCUCUACAGCACCCAGGGUGAGGGUGAUCAGGGAGGGUCCUACUCUGUACAAACUCCCUAUGGCUUCCAGCUGGACCUUGACUUCCUGAAGUAUGUAGAGGAGAUUGAGAGUGGUCACAAUUUCCGCCGAGCUGUGGUUAAUCCUCGCCGGGGAUCUCGAAGUACCAAGCCCUUUCAGCGGAGUGAAGGUGCUGGAGGACGUACCAGCGGGUGGACAUCCACUGAAUCGCUGUCGUCUUCUACCAGUGAAGAAAGUCGUGUGCCGCCCCCUCCUCCACCACGGAACCGUACCACCUCAGCACCCAGCGAAACACACCCUCUGUCACCAUUGCCCAUACUGACCCCUCCACUUUCUGCUGGGUUGAAGGUGCCACCGCUGCCACCAGUGCGCAAUCCUAGAGUGGAGAGGACCCUGCUAGAAACCAGCCGGAGACUCCAGCAGGAGCAGACGCAGUUUCAAAAUGACUUGGGAUUCUGUUUUGCUGACCCUCCAAGGUCCAGUUCUGCCAGUAGCCUGUCACAGGAGACCCAGAUGCUGAACGUUUCCUCAGUCUGCCUGAGUCCCUUACAGAGCAGCUGGACCAGAGCCAGUCCUCACAACUCUGGCAGGAGCACCCCAGCACAUGGAAGUUCCACUGCCAUCAGCCUGGCUCCAGUCCCCUCUGGUCAGCUCCAGACUGUGCGGGAGCAGAUGGCAGCAGCUCUCAGGCAGCUCAAGGAGAUGGAGGAAAAAGUAAAGGGUGUUCCAGCCCUGGAAAAAGAGGUGACACAGCUACGUGCUGAAAAGGACAGGCUUCUUCUGGCCCUUCGCGAGAAGACCUCGGCUGAGAGUACAGAAGUCCUGCAGCAGUGUCAGACUAAAGGUAACAGGACUAAUAAAGCGGAGGUGAUGUUAGAUGACCAGGGACGUCAGCCACCUUUUCCUGUUUCUGGCAGAACCAGCAAGCUGGUUGAGCUGAGGAAACUGACAGAGAAAUUAGGAGGCAAAGAUGACAAAGAAGACGAGCCUAUAGACAAAGUCUCAACAGUGGAAAGGGUAAUCAUAACGAAGAAGAGUGUGGCUGUAGGAGAUGACCAGCCUCUUGAAGAAAGUGUGUUUUACUACUGCCAGGGCAAAAAAGAUGUGGCAACUGCCACAACUCUUGAAUUCAAUGACAAAAGAGUUGGAACAGAUUCAAAAGCUGUGUGUGAAAGAGGAGUAGAUGCAAAUCCAGAGACUAAAGAAGCUUCUGUAUGGGUUAUGGAGUCAUUGCUUGGAUUACAGACUGAAGCAGAGAGAGAAAUUGACACCCUGCAAGACACCAUUAAAUUCCAGCAUGAGUCCAUUCAUGUUCUUGAAAGUAGACUAAGCCAGGCUGAUAAUGAACUUGAGGCAUUAAGAGCUCAGGAAUUGCAGAGGAAAUCCAUUGUGAUGAUAGAGAGGGGAGUUUUGGUCAAACCUCAGGUAACCACUGCUGGAGUAGAAACUGAGGCCAUAAGCCAUGGUAUGAAAAUUGAAAAACAAAGUACUGCUGUGGGCUGUAGAUAUGAGGUUAUAGAUGUGCGUGUGGGCCCAGAUUUUAUGUCUUGUCAACUGGACCAGAGUACUCAGACUGAUUUGGUCAACGGAACAGCUUCAGUCAUUGUAAGAAGCACUGGCAAUCAAUGGGAGGAUAUCUGUGAAGAGGAAAGGUUGACAUCAGAUGAGAAACCUCUGGCUGCUGUACUGAAGAGAAGGCAAUUGACUGUCACAGAAAGCUCUGUCACUCCUGGAGAAGUUAGUAUCAUGAAGAAGAACCAAGAACAUGAAGCAGAAACUGUACCUUGCAGUCCUGCUGUGGGCACUCUGAAGUCCAUCAUGAAGAAGAAGGAUGGGAGUGGCCCUUCUGAGCCACGCAGUGCCAACAAGAAGAGUCUGCAGUUUGUGGGAAUUCUCAAUGGGGGGUAUGAGUCAACCUCGAGUGAAGAUGAAGUAGAGGAAGGUGAUAGCUCAUCGGGAGCAAGUGGAGCUGCUGGAAGCUCAGACAGCAGUGAGGAUGGUGAUGCAGCGCUUGAGGAUACCUCUGAUGAUGAGAGAGACAUCAAUUUGGAUGACAGUGACAGCGAUGAGGAAGAACCAAGAGAAGCUGAAGUUAAAGGCGCAGAGGAGCUGCAAACUGUGAAGGAGAAGUUUGAGCUGAGCACAAAAAUGCGAGAAGCCUGUCUUAUUCUGAAGAAUCACCUUAAUGAUGAUGUCUCUUCUUUGAAGAGUAAAGAAGUGCUCUCCAGCACUCACACUGUGCAGAUGGAAUGGUUCCGUGUGUCCAGCGCCAAGACAGCCCAACCUUCCCGUGUGUCAGACUAUCUAAUGGCUUUCUCAGAAGUGUCUCCUGCCCUGCUGGCACACGUGGUCAACAUGACCGAUGGCAACGGCAACACUGCCCUGCACUACAGCGUGUCGCACUCCAACUUUGCCGUGGUGGGACUGUUAUUGGAUACAGGCAUGUGCAAUGUAGACCAGCAGAACAAGGCUGGCUACACAGCCAUCAUGCUGGCAGCCCUGGCAGCAGUGACAGAAGAGGAAGACAUGAGGGUGGUGAGGAAGCUCUUUAAUCAAGGCAAUGUCAAUGCCAAGGCGAGCCAGGCUGGGCAAACUGCCCUGAUGCUGGCAGUAAGUCAUGGGAGGCUGGAGAUGGUGCGCAUGCUUCUGGCCUGCGGCGCUAGUGUCAACAUGCAGGAUGAUGAAGGCUCUACGGCACUCAUGUGUGCCUGUGAACAUGGCCGUGCAGAGAUCGUCUCACUCCUCCUUGAACAAUCCGACUGUGACAUUUCCAUUGUGGACAAUGAUGGCAGUAAUGCUCUUUCCAUCGCCUUGGAGGCCUCCCAUAAUGACAUUGCUGUGUUGCUUUAUGCCCACAUGAAUUACUCCAAGACCCAAGCCACGGGCCCAUCUAAGCCACACCCCCGAAGCCCUUCCAGCCCUGCAAAGAUAUGGCCUGCUGAGUGACACAUCUGUCCAUGUGAAAUACCAAUAACUGGACAAUAUGCUGCUGGAAUAUAGAGCCAACUGUACUGGAAUAUUUCAUCAUUUUAAAACAUCUAUAUAAUAUAUAUCUAGAAAAAUCUAAUGGCCUAAGAAUUUCAUUAGUAUCUAACACCGUUAUCAAAGUACAUUGUACUGCCAUUUUACUUUUGCUAGUUUUAACACCUGAGUUUUAUAUUGCAUAUUAUAUGAAUAUCAAGGCCAAAAGAAACAUGGUAAGUGUUAGAAUUCUGAUUUCAUGCACACAUCUGGAGCAGUAAAGAAGGUAUUAACUGUUUCAAAUUCAGUUAAUUUUUGUAAAAACACUAUUGAAAGGGAGACAAGGUUAACUAGGUUACCACUGCUAAAAUGCUUUAUGCCAAAAAUAUUCUGCAUCCUGUAUGAACUGUAUAUUCAUGUACCUAUUUUUAUUAAACAUUCAAAAAAUAUCUUGUUCUGUGGUUAUAACCUAAGUUUCUUCCCCCAAUUAGGUUAACUGGAACAUAGUCAUUGUGAAUAGCUGUAUACAAUGAUUAGUUGAUUGUAAAAAUUCUCUUAACUUACAAGGCUUUCCAGGCACUACACGCUUGCACUCAUUCUGCGCACACACAGCAGAACCUUGUACAACUUUGCAAAAAGGUUUCUGGAAGAAACCACACCUCAGUAUCACUUUAAAUUCAGAGCACAAACACAGGGUGUAUAACUGUCACAGCUAAACACAGAAAUGUGAACAGGUUCCUU